GUCAAAGGCUGCCCAACGGUAAGAGGGCAAGGCCAUACGUAUGCGACGAUUACAGCAUGCGUGCCGAAGCCGAGGAGGAUCGCAAGAGGCGCAAGCUGGCGAGGCAGCCUCUCCGUCGGAAUGCCGUUCCUCUUGGUUCUCAGAACUAUGCUAACCGUGCAGAUCGUCCCUCCAACUGUGCGUACCGUCCUACGAUCGCGUAUCUGGCCUAUACGCUCAUACUUUUACCGACACUUCGUGAUGUGAUAGCUACAUAUCAGGUCGUCACUACAUCUGUCAAGGCGACUAGCAAGAGUAGAACAGGAUCCCAUUCGGUCAAAGUCAAGACGACCAUAUCGCGCACCCCUGUCAAAUCCCGCAUGUCGCCUGUCGUCAAGUCCCGAAUGUCGCCUGCCAGAGUGCGCACUCCCGUCAACGUGCGCAAGACCGUCGCACAGUCGAAGCCCAAAGCUGUCUUCAUCGAUCUCACGCUCACAUCGGACUCAAGUGAUGACGAGUCAGUACCCCCGAACCCUCGCGCUCGUUGUCCAACAGCUGCCUCGUCUUCGUCGGCGUCGUCGUCGAAGGCUGUCGCUCGUCCUCAGUCUGCCUCAGCUCCGAAAGGCGAGGACGAGGAGAUGCAGGAAGAGGCGAUGCUCGAGGACAUGCUCACGGCGCACAUCGACUCGGACAUGGACCUGCAGUCCUCGUCAGACAAUGGAGAAGUGACGAUGGACCUCGGUACAAACUCGGACUACGAAUCGGACGACGGGUCGAACCAGUCAGACAUGGAUUUGGACCCCGAUGCCUUGAUCAUCUACUCUUGAAGGCGUGGCUAUAGCGGAUCGGGGGUUCUUCUUUCUUCUACAAUAUGGAUUUGUAUGACAUGCAUAUGUAUGCCGACUCGCUGCAUCAGACUCAUUAAUAAGAUUGUUUCAAGUCAUUUUCUCA